CGGGACUUACAAAAUGGCUGGUUGGGAAGGACGCCACUUUGCAAAAUUGGCCACGAUUAUAUUGAUCUUUAUACUCCAAAUAUCUGCACACAAGCCCCUCUUCAAGGACUUUCCCUCACAUGUGUUGCUCCGACACAUAUCUGUGUCAAGACAUCUUCCAGUCUGUGUCCUCUUCCGUAAACAAGAAAGUGGAUCAAAUCUGGAAAAUAUUUUAUUCAACUUGUGGAAGGACAAAGAUAUAUUUCACAGUUUAUCAUCAUGGGAGAUUGGAUCAUUUACAGUCAACAAGGAGACCUCAGUGGCUGUGCCAGUCCCACCAGUGUUCCCUGGCCUUCGGUGUUUUCUAGGGGAGACAAUCAUGUAUGACUAUGAGGGCAAAUCAGCAAAAUCCAAAAUAUCCAGAUGGUUUCAAGGAUUGUUUUCUCGACACCUGGAGCACCAGCAAGACAUCACAGAGGAGGUGGUGCACAUGGCUGUCAGGACCCACACCUUCACCAUCAUCGCCUUCCCCAACAUGCACAUUCACAGACAGCUGGAGGACAUGGUACACCAGAUCAGCUAUGAUAGUGCAGAGCACAUCAAGUCUCUGAUAGUACAUCCGCACUCGGAGAGGAAAAGAUACAUCCAGGAGAUGUUCGGGGUGACCACUCUACCCGCAGCUGUUGUGGUGCACAAUCAAGAUGAUGGAUCUGACCCUGUGAUAAAAGUCUUCCCUGAGAUUUCCCUGCGUAGAGACAAAAUGGAGACCUACAUCCAGUCCCGGAGAGUGCCAACCACUCACUUCACAAUGGAGUCCUUCAAUCAGUUAGUCCGGGACACAUCUGAUGAGAGUUAUGUCCCCUUCUUGAUUGGCUUCUACGCCUUCUGGGCACCAGGGGCCUUGACCUUCCUACGCUUCAUGUCUCUCACUGUGCAGGAGUUUGACGACCUGAGUGUAGCCUUGAGAUUUGGCUUAGUUGACCUGUCUGAGCAAAACCAAUUGGUCAAUAGAUACAUUGACCCCAUGAAGGCAAGAUCGUUUCCUUUUCUCAUCCUGUUUACAAAAGAUAGAGAGACAGGUGAGCUACAACAGACUCUGCUGUCUGAGAAGAGACCGAGUCCACAAACUGUGUACACAGAGAUCCUGGGGCUUGGCAUCAACAUCUCCACCUACAGUGGGGAGCCAUUGCUGUACCAGCCAUAUGGAGUAGAGGACCCCAUGCAGGUGUCUGGUGUGUUGGAGGGUCCGUAUGGACACAUGUGUUCUUCAGCCUACCAUAACCUGACUGACAAUACACCCAGGAAGAAGCCACAGGUGAAAAAGAAAAUGAAAAACUGAAAAAGAAAAGAGACUGGCCCAACAGGGACAUUUUUGAUGAAAUUGAUGCCACCCUUCCGAAGGAUCAUGGGAUACCAGUUGUGUCACACGUGACAUGGAGUCAGGUGGUGGAGAAGUCCCACGCACCACGACACCCGUUCCUGCCAGAGGGCCGAUGGGCAGGAGAGUAUACCAAGGUGGCCAUGAUUGUGUUCCUGAUCGAUGGAUGUGGAAGCUGUCGACGUAACAUGGAUGUCUUUCGUGAACUGCACGAAACAGUAAAGUAUAUAGAUGGUGGCUCCCUCUACCUUGCAAACUGUACGCGGG